AUGCAUAUUAUGAGAGUCGAAAGGAAUCGAGUCACAAGGGUGCAUCAGCCAACCGAACCAGUGGAAGCGUCCGACUAUGCGAAUGCUCGAUCGGUGUUCCUCCAUUUAAUCGAUGUGCGGCCUGGCCGAUACAUCAUUUUACCCACCACCUACGCUCCACGAGAACAAGCGACUUAUAUGUUAAGGGCCUACUCCUCUGAAAAAUUGCACAUGAAAGAGUUGAAGCGACAAGCGCCGUCAGUCGGUUGGUGCUGGCAAUCGGCGAGUCAUGUCACGAGGGUGCAUAUCGUUGAUGCGAGUCUUCCAGGGACUUCAGGCGAUUUCUAUUGUAUGCUCGAUGAUGGGAAAAGAGAGUCUGCACGGCAAAAAGUACGCGGUCGAGGUGUGGGAGGACAGGAAAAUCGGGAGGGAUCGAUUAGUGGGAAGAGUCGAUAUUAUAGCACUGACAGA